CGACAACUUCCUGUUAGAAAAGUCACCUUGACUAGCACGUCCUCAAAAAUCACAUAUUAUCCUCCCUGCCAGUUACCGUCCAGAACCAAGAUUCUUGCCAGCAUGGAGAGCAUUCAGCUUCAAGAUUAUCUUGCAAUCAACAACAUUGCCUUUGAAUGGGCCGAUAGCAUUGACAAAAAGGAAUGGACGAGAUUUCUAGAUAUCUUGACACCAACCCUCAUGGUGGAUUACAGCAUUAUUGGUCAAAAGUGCAUACCAGAAAUGAGAGCCGAGGAAUACCUCGCUAUGGUGAGCUCUCCUACACUUGUAGGAGAUCCUCUGAUCUGCACUCAACAUCUUCUCGGUGCUGCCAAGUAUGAGAAGGUGUCAGACUUCGAGAUUGUGGCUGUUCAUCAGAUUCGAGCUGCGCAUCAGCGCUACAAAGACACUGCCCGGACUACGGCGGCUUACCAAGGCCAUAAUUAUGGUAGCGUGAAACAUUGGUAUAAGAAGACCGAUGGUGUCUGGAAGCUUGCUGGAGUCCAGCCUGAAAGCUAUUGGCUUGAGCAUGACUUUGACAAGAUCUUUGCCCAAUCGUCUGAAGAGAGCUGAUGGAUAUUCGGGGUCUACGCAUACUCCAAGAGCUGCCAUCGCCGAGUCCCACAAAGAAGGAAUUCUAAAAGUGGAAGAAUGAGCACUCUUCAGUAACCAGGAAAUUGUUAAAUUACAACUCAACCCCUCCUCUUAACACAUCAACCACCUUCUCCUGAAAGUCAACAGCCAGAGCUGGACCCUCUGUACCCUUAAAGUCACCCUUUAAACAAGCCAUCACAGCCUUUGUAUAACCUACGCCCAUCUCCAUCGGCAAACGCUGUGAUGCCAAUGUCAUCAAAUCCUCAGCUACCUUCUUCCGAUUGGGCAAACGUCCACUGUUCUCUGCCUCUCGAAUUUUAGCCUCCAUCAGCCGCGACAGCGUCACCCACAGCCCAAUUUCCAGGAGCACUACACCCAGCGCGUAUAUGUCAUGCAGACGACUGAACUGGUGUGUCGGCUUGCCUUGUCUGUUUGGAUGACGAUAGAGAUUGGGCUCAACUUCGAAGUCGGAUCGCAUGUCGGUGCCCUGUUUGACUGACCGGGCGUAACCCCAGUCACUAAGAUACGAGACGAUCCUGUUUCCAGGACUGGGUGUCGACAGGCGUUGCUCGUAGAGUCCCGCAGUGCUGACUCCCGAAGAUGUCUCAAGGAAGAGAAGGAUGCCUCUGCUCCAGAUGUUCUUGUGAACCCAGGCUGAGGCGUGGACGUUGGAGACUGUCAGGGCAAGGCUAUGCGCCAUGCUAAAGCGAUCAUUCAGGGAAGGUUUCUUGAGAGGCCUUUUGUUUGCACUGUCGAUGGCGUUGAUGAAAGUAUGCAGGGUUGUUAGGGAUGUGCCGUCGUCGGACUCGUAUGCCGGCAGUUUAUAGAGGAAGGCGCUGCGCUCUUCAAUGGGUUGAUCGAUGAAGCCAAGGCAUUCCAGCGCAUAGAUCUUAGGCUGGUCCAACGAGUCGGAUGAGUUGCUGGCAAAAGUGGUACUUUGAAGCAACCAAGCCAAAUUGCGGAUUGGAGCCUUUAGCUCGUCAACUUCGUCCGGCUCUAGGUCAUCACGUUUGAGCUCGCCCUCAUACUCAUGGUAUUCAACAACGACCUUCGUUGCUUCCGAUGUACCAGCAGACCAUGUUCCCAGCUGGAAUCCCUUGGUCGACUUUCCUUCUUCCGUGAGGGUGCCAGUCAAGCUGUGAUAGUCUGCUGGGGCCUCUGCCUCGGCGAGCAUCCGUCGCUUCAUCAACGGCUCUAGACCACUGCUCUUCAUUCCUUGUUGAUCGCUCUCUGCCAGCUGAGAGAGUGUAUCUUGAGACAUAUGUACCAUCAGAUUUCGCAGAUCUUGCGACCACUGGGUGUACGUCUCUAGGAUUCGAUACAACUUCUUCUUGUCAAAGAGCGACCAGUCAUACCCCUUGAGCUUGAGCGAUUUCGCCUUGCUCUUUGCUCGCUCCAAAAGCGACUCUUGUGCCUUGGGCUUCUCGGGCUCAAUAGCGAACUCCUCAUCCACGAGACCAUACUUGGCUGCGACAAGUUCAUACUCGGCCAAUGUCUUCCGCAUCUGCACCAGUAGCCCUUCCACCGUUUCGGCAAUGAAAGGGUCUACUUUCCCAGGGACCAUCAACCCAUGCUCAGGAUGAAAGAAGAUCUUCCUGAAAAAGAGCAGAGACGACAGUUGGAGAUUCAGCUUGAGUCGAAUCUCGGCGCGAUCAUCGUCAAAGGCCUUGAUGUCGGAGAUGACGCCUUGGAUGAAUACGGUGACCUGGUAGAUUUGGGUGAUUGCCGUCGAAGCAGUGCCGUAGAAAUCCAUUUUGCCUUUGAGCACAGAAUGACUCUCAAGGCGGGGGAUCAAAG